AUGGACGAAACUUGGACUUUAAUCUUGCUAUCCCUGGCUAUGUUGAUUGGGUGCUAUCUGGCUGGUUCCAUUCCUCUGGCCAUAAGUUUGUCCGAGUCAAAGUUGAAGUUAGUGACAAUAUUAGGUGCUGGUUUGUUGGUUGGGACUGCCCUUGCAGUGAUCAUUCCUGAAGGCAUCCAUGCAUUGACAGCUCAUCAAGGCUCUCACAGUCAUGAUCAUAACAUCCAGCAACCAAUUAUUAGGCAAAAAAGAGACAACCAACCUCUCCCAAUAAAACCAUCACCAAGCAAUCCUCUCAUCCAACCAAACAUACAACAGAGAAGCGACCAGAACUCAGACCAUCACCACGAUCAUGACCACCAUGAUCACGAAGCCCACUUAGAAAUUAAAGAGACAUCAGGGAAUGAACAUGGGAGUCACAGUGAGAAGGAUGUGCACAGUUACAUUGGGGUAGCCCUCGUCCUUGGGUUUGUCUUCAUGCUGCUCGUUGAUCAGAUUGGUGGUAGUCACAAUUUCAGUUCAUCUUCUGCCGAUGGUAUUGCACUUGGGGCUGCUGCCUCGACAUCUCAGAUGCACGUUGAGAUGAUUGUCUUCGUGGCUAUCAUGCUACACAAGGCCCCAGCAGCAUUUGGACUUGUAUCAUUCUUGUUACACGAAGGAUUUGACAGAAAUCGAAUCAGGAAGCAUCUUGCUGUUUUUGCUCUCUCCGCUCCCGUUUUAGCUGUCCUCACCUACUUUGGACUUGGUCAGAAAAGCAAAGAGGCUCUAUCGGAGGUGAACGCCACUGGGCUAGCCAUGUUGUUCAGCGGAGGUACCUUCCUGUACGUAGCCACAGUGCACAUCCUUCCUGAACUUUCCAAAAUGGGUUCCAGUGGUCACCAACUUCAAUCCAACAUCCUCCCGGAAAACAUGCCAGGCAGUUCAGGGAGUAUCACAAUCAACCACUACCACCACCAUAGUAAAGGGUUUAACAGACUCGAGUUGACUGUCAUGGUCGUAGGCUGUCUACUGCCACUCAUUCUUGCUCUGGGCCAUCAUCAUUAA